AUCAAACGAGGUCGGAUACCAAAAGACCAAACCGGAAGGUGUUUUAAUACUACAAUCCCAAUUGCCAUAUUCAGGAUACUAAAUUUUAGAAGCCCGGUCAUUGGAGGAGCUUUUGGUUAAAAAAAAACUCUCUUUCGACGUCCUCUUUGCAGUCGAUCUGAAAAAUUACAGUCUACAGUUUACAGCCAUGUUACUCUCCGGCCGCCACCACUGCCACCACAAAUUCACCCCUUCCUCACCGCCGGCCGCCUUCCGCUCCACCCAUCUCCGCCGUCUCCGGCCGCUUCGGCCCCUAGCCCUUGCAUCCGCCAACCCUCCUCCGCCACCGUCGCCACUACCUUCCCUAUUCCCGUCGCCAAGGCGUCCAUGGCGGUGGCGGCACAGCGCCAGCGACGUUAUCGAAGACCUUCCUCCUGUCGAGGCCGAUGGAAACGACGCCGUCAAGGUCAAGAAGAGCUUCUGGGCAGCGGUGAGCCUCAUCAUCGGCACGGCGGUCGGGCCGGGCAUGCUGGGCCUGCCGUCCGCCACCAUCCGCUCCGGCCAGGCGCCCUCCGCGGUCUGCAUCCUGCUCUCGUGGGCCUACGUCGUGUCCUCCAUCGUCCUCGUCGCAGAGCUCAGCUUCGCCGCCAUGGCGCGUGACGGCGUCGACGAGGUCAGCUUCACGGGACUUGCGUCGAGCACCCUGGGGGCGGGCCCUGGCGCGGUCGUCGCUGUCGUGUACGCCGCGCUCAGCUUCUCCCUGCUCGUCGCUUGCGUCGCCGGCAUCGGCUCGCUCGUCUCCCAGCUGUUCCCCGGGGUGAGUCCGGUCCUGGCCAACGCCCUGUUCCCCUGCUUCGCCGGCGUCCUCAUCGCCUUCUUCCCUUUCAAGGCCGUCGACGGCGCCAACCGAGCCCUCUGUGGCCUGAUGCUUGUUUCCAUUACCGCUCUCGUUGUGACUGGCGUGUCCGUCGGUCGGACCAGCUUGCUGGGAUCUCUCAGCUACGCGUGCUGGAGCCCAGGCGCGAUCCUGCCGGCCAUACCGGUGACCGUGCUCACGCUCGGGUUCCAUGUCAUCACACCCUUCAUCUGCAAGAUCGUGGGAGACUCGGUGUACGACGCUCGGAAGGCGAUACUGAUUGGGGGCGCUGUGCCAUUGGCCAUGGUGCUGUCAUGGAAUGCCGUCAUUCUCGGGCUGGCUAGUGCUGGCGGCAAUGCUGGGUUUGAUGACCCUAUCAAACUCCUCCUCUCAGUGAAUCCAGCCGCGCUGCCUGCUGUUCGAGGCUUCGCUUUUGCUGCACUGGCGACGAGCCUGAUAGGGUACGCAGUGAGCUUUCCGAAGCAGUUGGCGGACACAGUGGAGCUGAUUCUUCAGAGGUUUUCUCAGAAGCAAGGAAGCAUGCACCAAGCUAAUGGUAGCGGUGGAUAUGGCAGAAAUGGGGCGAUUCUUACAUGGAUGGUGCUGAUCAUUCCCAUCUUUAUUGCGUCGUUCUUCUCAGCAGUCUUCUCCAAGGCACUGGAUUUUGCUGGGGUUUAUGCAAACUGCUUCCUGUUUGGGAUCCUGCCUCCUGUUAUGGCCUGGAUCCAUCGGUCACAGAAGAAAAGGAGAUCUCCUGAUUCAUGUGAAGAUGUUCUACCUGGCGGGAAUGCUGCUCUGCUGAUACUUUUCGCUGUUGCUGUUGUCCUAGCAAUCUGGCACUAGUAGAAGGUACAAUUUUGAGUCACUCCGUUGGAGUUUGGAGAAGCUCUUUAGAAUUGCAUUUCAAGAGCAGUAUGGCGCUGGAUCCAUAAGCACGUGAUUGUUUCGCAGCAAAGCAUAUGCAUGCAUCGACAAACAGACAGGAUUCGCAAGCAGCGGGCCAGGCUUGCCGCAGGUGCGUCCUGGACGGGCCAGCCAGCCGAAGGCACCCGCGGUCGGAUCAUGUGGCCGCUGGCUGCGUCCUCGGUCUUCAUAGCAUAGCUGCCAGGGCCCAGGGCUCACAGGGCGGUCAUCCAUGUACGACGGACGAUCAGAGGCCUCAAGCUGACUCUGCGCUCUCGCUCGCUAUUGCUGAGUGCAUAUUUGGUUCCUUUAGGUCAUGUACAACCCACGUAAAUAUCUGGUAUCUUAAGGGAUAUCAAAGUGAUAAGUGUAAAAAAAACACUAUCACGAUUCUCAAAGUCUAAAUACAGUUCUACUCGUACAAA